CACCCAAAUCAAGAUAUCAUAUGCAUAUCAACAUUAUAAUUAUCAUCACUGAGAUUUUAGGGUAUUUUCAAGUAAUUAAAGAGCAGGGGAAAUAUGGUGGUGAAAGUUUAUGGUUCAAUUAAUGCAGCAUGUCCUCAGAGGGUGAUGGCUUGCCUCUUAGAAAAAGAGGUAGAAUUUGAAAUUGUGCAUAUUGAUCUUGAUAAAGGAGAGCAAAAGAAACCUGAAUUCCUUCUCCUCCAGCCCUUUGGUCAAGUUCCAGUUGUAGAGGAUGGUGAUUUCAGACUCUUUGAAUCAAGGGCAAUUGUAAGGUACUACGCAGCAAAGUAUGCAGACCGUGGUCCUGACCUACUUGGCACAACUUUAGAAGAGAAAGCUGUGGUGGAUCAAUGGCUUGAAGUAGAAGCACACAAUUUUGAUGAUUUAUGCUUCAAUAUCAUGUUUAAUCUUGUAAUUCUACCAAAAAUGGGUAAGCCUGGGGACAUAACUAUAGCUCAUAGUUCUGAACAGAAGCUAGAGGAAGUGCUUGAUGUGUAUGAACGUAGGCUUUCUAAAAGCACUUAUCUUGCUGGUGAUAAGUUCACUUUGGCUGAUCUUAGCCAUCUUCCUGGAAUUGGACAUCUUAUUGAGGCAGCAAAAUUGGGACAUUUGAUUAGUGAGAGGAAGAAUGUGAAUGCUUGGUGGGAGAAAAUUUCUAGUAGGCCAGCUUGGAAGAAGUUGAAGGAAUUGGCUAAGUAAGAAGGAGAUCUUGUCCUAUCCUAUUCAUAUAUAACUUAUGUAUUUGAAUUGUUUAUGAAUAUGUAUGUUUAUCAAAUAAUGAUUAUUAAACAAUAAAGUUUUUCAACUACUAUACA